AUGGGGAAACUGAGGCUCAGAGAUGCGAAGCGGGAGACCAAGGUCACGCGGACCGCCCGGAGGCGGUGCAGCCGAGCCUGGGGCGCCGAGCGGGCGGCCGAGUCGGGCUGCCGGCGCGGCCUGCGGGCGUGCGACGAGGAGUUCGCGUGCCCCGAGCUGGAGGCGCUGUUCCGCGGCUACACGCUGCGGCUGGAGCAGGCGGCCACGCUGAAGGCGCUGGCCAUGCUCAGCCUGCUGGCGGGCGCGCUGGCGCUGGCCGAGCUGCUGGGCGCGCCGGGGCCCGCGCCCGGCCUGGCCAAGGGCUCGCACCCCGUGCACUGCGUGCUCUUCCUGGCGCUGCUCGUGGGCACCAACGUCCGCUCGCUGCAGGUGCCGCAGCUGCAGCAGGUCGGCCAGCUGGCGCUGUUCUUCAGCCUCACCUUCGCGCUGCUCUGCUGCCCCUUCGCGCUCGGCGGCCCCGCCGGGCUCCACGCCGGGACGGCUGCGGGGCCGGCGGCCGCGGACCAGGGCGUCUGGCAGCUCCCCCUGGUCACCUUCGUGUCCUACGCCCUGCUGCCCGUGCGCAGCCUGCUGGCCGUUGGCUUCGGGCUUGUGGUGGCCGCCUCGCACUUGCUGGUCACAGCCACCUUGGUCCCCGCCAAGCGCCCACGUCUCUGGAGGACGCUCGGCGCCAACGCCCUGCUCUUCGUGGGCGUGAAUGUGUAUGGGGUGUGUGCCCGGGUGCUGGCCCAGCGCUCCCAGCGGAGGGCCUUCCUGCAGGCGCGCACCUGCAUCGAGGACCGGCUGCGGCUGGAGGACGAGAACGAGAAGCAGGAGCGGCUGCUCAUGAGCCUCCUGCCCCGGAACGUUGCCAUGGAGAUGAAGGAGGACUUCCUGAAGCCCCCUGAGAGGAUUUUCCACAAGAUUUACAUCCAGCGGCACGACAACGUUGAGGUGGGGACGGCUGGUGACCGCUUGCUCUCCCGCAGCAGGGAGCCAGGGAGCCCCGGGGUCGGGUCGAGGGGAGCCCCGCAGGGCGCCCUGACAAACUCCCGGGUCCCGAACUGCGCGCUAAGGGGCGCCGAGGAGACGCCGGGACGCGAGAGCACCUUCCCACCCCCCGUUCGGGGACCCCAGCGGGGGCCAGCGGCGGCCCGAGUCCGGCGCCGUGCCCCGAGCCUGUCUGCACCCACACUGUCCACUGGAACCCGGAGGGGCUGCCGGCUGGCUCACACGGACGACCCAAACCCGGCUGCCCAGCCACCCAGGAAACAGCGGGAAACCAGCAGCCCGACCGGGGGCGCCCCGCUGGGCUGGGCAAAGGUGGCCGGCCGUGUGGCGGCAGCGCGGAGGUGCAGGACUCGAACACAGCCCCCGCGGCGUCCGCAGGCAGCGGCCCACGUGGCGAGACGCGGGGAAAAGCCCGGCAGAGACCGCCGGGAGGGAAGAGCCCCCGAAACCCCGGACACGGGCGCCGCGCUGGGCGGGCUGCUCCGCGGGCGAGGGCCAGGGCGACGUUCGGACGUCCCUCCCCGGGCGCGGGAGGGAAGCCCGCGGAAAGGAGACUCGGUCGGGAGCCCAGGAGGCCCGGGCCGCCGCCCUCACCUCGGAGCGCCGGGAGCACCGGACGGGAACUGA